GGCCGGAUCUAUUGAAUGGCUCUGCUCAGUACAAAGUGUCUCUUUGGCCAUCUGCGACACAUUGAUGGCAAGAUCAUCGAAUGCUGGUAGUUAACCAGGGUAUCCCCCACCGCGAGCAUGGGUAAGCAAUUGUGACUUGUUGUCUAUCGGCACAUAAUCUUUCCGUCGGAUUCCUACCGAAUUCAGGAAGUGUUGUUCUCGGAGUGGGACCGGACUCAAAGUUCGUCACAAGACGUAAAGGGCGUAGGUGAAAACAAGCUAGGGUAAACAUUGCUGCGAGAGUCAGCAUCGAGACAAUACAUGACCUUGUAUAUCAACAAAAUUCGCAUCUUUUCUGUCCGAAUACCAAAGCAAAUUUUAUCCCUCAUCAGUUACGCACUUCCGAGCGAUCAUGCAGAUCACGCAGUUCAUACUUAUCACCCUGGCCAUCAGCCUCAGCGCCGCUGUGCCUUACUCUUACACGAUCAAUCUGCAGUCCAUAACGCUCGACCUCCAUCCCAUCUAUUCUCACCACUUCGUCAACACCACAAUGGUGCCCAUCCCGACAUUCGGUGAACAGAUCCCGACCAUCACCCUCGACCUCCAUCCAUCAUCCCCCCCAACCCGAUCUCUACCCAACAAAGGCGCAAAAAUCACAUCUGAAGGCGACCCAAUAUGUGGAUCUGGCAUCGGCAUAUGCCCUGGCACGUCUUGCUGCAGGUAAAGGACUCCUAGUACUUCAACCAGACUACUCUGUUAUCACUGACUGUCGAAUAGCAAGUAGGGUUUCUGCGGCUGUAGCGUGGACUACUGUUGCGCUAAGUGUCAACCCCAGGGAGGUUUAUGCCACAUGACCC